UCCCGUCAAGUCCCGUCGCGAAGAUGGAGGGCGAGAUGGAAGGCGACGAGCUGCCGGAGCUGCUCCAGUGCCUCGAGGAGAAGAUCGCCAGCGGCCACAGCAUGGUCGAGCGGUUGAAGCUCAUGGACAAGAUCGACGGGAUUGACAAACUGAUACGGAAGAUUCAGCAGGAGAUAAAAUUCUUGGAAAAGGUGCAGUAUACGGGAAACUUGAAGAAGAAACACCUUCAGAGCUCGAAUCUGACUCACCUCGACGCUAUGGUGGCUCGACUGUCCUGCGCAAAGGAUCCUGUCAACGUGAUGAGACCUUUCAAGUAUCAGAAGUCCCGUCUGGAGGUUGACAUGGUGUGCAAUAGCGGCGCUUCGUGGGUGAAGGUUAUAGCGAGGAAUGCUAGAGCGUUAACUCUGAUAUCUCUGGGCAAUGGAGAAUACGGACAGAAAUCUGUCCUGGACCAAGCCAAUUCGUAUCUUGUAUGUAGCAAGUGCCAUCUGCAUCACUACAGGCCACCAGAUGUGAUAUUUCACUUUGCUUACGGCAUAGAGGUUCCGCUAGCCUUGCAAUUGGAGCAAAUGGGCAUCAUCGUGGAGGGAGAUAGGAUAGAUUCGAAUGACGAGAACUUAAACAAACAAGAUGAACUGGAUUUCUCCAAAGACUCUACAAGCGAUUCCGAAAAGGAUUUGAAUGUGGACCUGCAGUCGUUAAAUACAUCUGUACUGUCAACCGAAAUAAGACUUCUGAAUCUGGAUGUAUCGGCCCUACUGGCUUACGUUACGAACAUGGCUAAUGGAUAUAAUAAUUACGUUUAUCGAGAGCCGUUACUUACCCAGCAAGCAGAAAUGGAAAGAAAACGUCCCAUAAAACCAAUCUUAGAAAAUCUGUUCCGAGACAAGGAACUUAUGGUCUGCCAGACGGCACAUAAUAAUUUUAUGAAUAUCAUCGAUGUUAUCGGUGGUCCGAAAGAGACGCAGCGGGCGCACGAAUUGUUAAAGAAAGUGCGAAUUGUUGACGACGUGACCACUGGACGAAUUAUGGAGCUGCGCUUAGGCGGUAAAAUUAAAGAUCGAUCGCGAUUGAUUUUUGCAACAGGUGAAAGUAUGAAAAGCAUCACCGUUUCUGCUAAUGAAGGAUUUGUAAGAGCAGCGCGUAUGCAGGGCAUUGAGUGUACAGUUUUCUUACAUGAACCAAGAUCUCUGUCAGAAAUUAAAGAAGGUAAUGCAACAAGUAUAGAACAAUCUUGAUAUUAUUCAGAAUACUUAGGCAUUACAAUGAAAAUUACGCUGAAAAUCACAAUGAAAUAUAUACUGGUACUAAGCAUUUAUCUAUUGUUAAUUUAUUAACCGUAAUUUAUUAUAUAAUUUAUAUAUAUAUUAUACAAAAUAAUGUUUAUGUAUAAUCUCUCUGGAAAAAGAAGUUACUGUAUUUCAUCGUCAUUGACUGCCUGAACGUUAAACUGAAGCUUUAUAUUUUCCUGAAAUUCUGUAAAACGUAAAAUAAAUUGUUAUUGCAUAAA